AUCGCCUCGUUGUAUAUUUCGGAUAUCGGUGUGUGUGGUUGGGCGGAUUUUUUUGCCAUGUCUCGCGAACCAGGUCGUGUGUAUGUGGGCGAUCUUGGAUCUGGCGGGUCCAAACCAGAGCUGGAGAGGGAAUUUGAACGAUAUGGUCCGCUGAAGAGCGUGUGGGUAGCGAGAAACCCCCCUGGGUUCGCCUUUAUCGAGUUCGAGGACCCUCGCGAUGCGGAGGACGCCGUGAGAGACAUGGACGGCCGGUUCGUGUGCGGCGUCAGAAUCCGAGUCGAAUUGGCGAAAUCUAACAGCCGGCCUGGACAGAGGGGUGGAGGGUACAGGGGAGGUGACAGGGGAGGCGACAGGGGAGGUGAUAGAGGAGGUGAUAGAGGCCCGCCACCACCACGCUAUGGUGGUCGAAGGAGCCCUCCCUACCGUAGGAAAAGCAGGUUGUCCAUUGCGCGGCCUGCACUCACGCAUCACACAACCAACAAUAGUGUCCUCUCUCUCCCCACUCCUGUUUUCUUGCAUCCCUGCGUGUGAUUUUCCAACGUCGCAACCCAGCGCUAUCUGCUAGUGUUUCACUUCGCCUUCUCACCCUCAGCACCCCUCCCUAAACUCCUAUCUGUCUCCCAAAACACCCUCCCUACCUACCUCCGCUUUUCCACGCUUCUCUUCUCUCCUGUGCUGCAUUUCACAACCACCCUACGCAUCAGGCUUCUAUCGUCACACACUGCAUCCACCCAUCCACACAUCCGCCCUCCGCCAUGCAUCUCUCUCUCUCACCAUAGCCUGUGGGUAGACGAUUCAUGUCUUUUGCAUGCUCGUCUCAAUCAUUGCAGUGGUAAGUACUGGAGCUCGGUUUUUUUAGAUGUUUAGCCAGUAAAUUUUAAGGGGUCCCUACCACAUUUGCAGUGUUAACAGUUGCUACAUAUGCUGUGUAUAUAUACCUGUGUUUGACAAGCACAACUAUUGUUUUAUCCAGCAGGAGCAGAUCUCGAAGCCGUUCACCGUACCGAGGCCGUGGCUCCCCCAGCCCAAGGUUUGCUCCAUUUAACUGUCGGUGUGUUUGCAAAGCUCCGGAGCAUGUGUGGUGUGUCCCGCACGGUCAAUGUGUCUUCUGGCCCUCUGCGAAUGGCGACCGUUUCUGUUCCCUCUAGGUCACGUUCUCCCUAUUAUCGGUCACAUUCACCGUACUGACAUUGUUCCUAUAGCCCUGGCAGGCACACCUUGUCUCUGCUAUUAGCUAUAGAAUAAUACGUGAAGGCAUGUACAUGUUCUUUAGCUAGGUAAAUUAGCGGUUUGCUUAGCUAGGUACUUUAGCCGUGUGCUGUCUUUCUCUUUAGGCUUAGAACAUGCAUUUAAAAUGUGCAAGAUGCUGUGUACUGCUAAGAUUAUGUGUGCUGUGUGAAAUGAGCUGUUCCCCUCUGCUCUGCUAAUAAACAUACAGGAGGCGUUCGCCGAGUCCAGUGGGCCGUAGAGACCGCUCUCCACAGUACUGAAGACACUGCCCGGAGAGCCAAAACUCCAGAAUUGACUCAGACCUUGUGCUGUAGCUAGAGCAUUAUUCCCCUUGCACAACUCAUCAUGUCUUUUCUAUGCUUGCACCCCUCCUUCCUAUGCACUGUUGCUUAUAUUAUACUUCCCAACUGAAAUGGUAGAAAUC